GGCUCGGCCUGCGUGACGGACGGCGGCGGCUGCGAUGUGACUCCGUUCCGCGGCUGAGGAUGGCAGCGGGGCCGCCGGUGGUGGCGGCGGCCGGGCGGCUGUGGCAGGUGGAGGCCCCGCUGGGCCGCGGCUCGUCGGCAGCCGUCUUCCGAGCACGCUGCCUCGGCCAGCCCCGCUCCUCGCCGGCUGCCGUCAAGGAGUUUCUGCCGCCGGGCUCUGGGCCGGGCGGCGGCGGCGGCGACUACGGCUUCCGCAAGGAGCGGGCCGCGCUGGAGGAGCUGCGGGGCCACCGCAACAUCGUUACCCUGUAUGGCGUGUUUACGAACUGCUCUUCUACCAAAGGCCCCUCUCACUCUCUUCUCUUGGAGUUGCUGGACGUCAGCGUGUCCGAGCUCCUUGUGCAUUCCAGUCAGCACGGCUGCUCUAUGUGGAUGACCCAGCAUUGUGCCCGAGAUGUCCUUGAAGCCCUGGCAUUCCUCCACCAUAAAGGCUACGUGCAUGCUGACCUAAAGCCACGCAACAUUCUCUGGAGUGCGGAGCAGGAGUGCUUCAAGCUUAUUGACUUUGGACUCAGCUUCAAAGAAGGGAAUCAGGAUGUGAAAUAUAUUCAGACGGAUGGGUACCGGGCUCCUGAGGCUGAGCUGCAGAAUUAUCUGUCUCAGGCUGGACUACAAGGUGGAACCCAAUGCACUUCUGCUGUGGAUCUCUGGAGUCUAGGGAUCGUGUUGGUUGAGAUGUUCUCAGGGAUGAAACUGAAACACAUUGUCCAGUCUUGGGAAUGGAAGGCAAAUAAUGCUGCCAUUAUUGAUCACAUUUUUGUCAGCAAAAGUGUGGAAAAUUCAGCCAUCCCAGCUUAUCAUCUCCGAGACCUCCUCAAAAGCAUGCUUCAUGAGGAGCAAGAGAAAAGAGCUACUGCUGCAGAGGCAUUGUGCAGUCCCUUCUUCAGCAUUCCUUUCGCUCCUCACAUUGAAGAUCUGGUGAUGCUUCCAACUCCUGUGUUAAGGUUGCUAAAUAUUUUGGGUGAUGCCUCACUUCAAAACGACAAAGAAUUUGAAGAUAUAGUGGAUGAUAUCAGAGAAGAAUGUAGCAAAUACGGGCAGAUAGUUUCCUUGUUUGCUCCAAAGGAAAAUCCAGGCAAAGGCCAAGUCUUUGUUGAGUAUGCAAAUGCUGGCGAUUCCAAAGCAGCCCAACGAGCCCUAACCGGGAAGAGGUUUGAUGGCAAGUUUGUCGUGGCCACCUUUUACCCACUGAGUGCCUAUAAGAGGGGAUAUGUUUACCAAACUGUGCUUUAGUCUGAAACAGCCAUCCAGGAGAGAUGAGCAUCCCCCGCCUGCCUGGCUUUGCCUGAGUGGUUGUCUGUCUCCCCACCCCCAAGAGAUGGAACCUGUGUCCACUCUUCCGUUUUGUGAUUCACAAAAGCAACCCAGAUAUGUUAGUUUUUUGUUUUGAUGAAUGCCAAAUCUGCCUGCCCCUUUUCCUCGGUUAACUCUGUGGUAACUGGAAUACUAACUGUGAAAUGGAAGCAUGAAAUUAAAAACAACCAAACAUUUAGUAUCCCCAUAGUGGUGAUGCUUAAGACACCUCAGAAUCAAGAAGCACGGACAGGUGAUGUGGAAGGUUGCUGUUGUCUUAGAGAGUCAGCAGAGCGUCACUGGAGCUAGCCCCCAACAAAGGGACAGUGAAAUUUGCUUCUUCUGCUAUUGAAGAACAAGACUAGAAACCCAGGCCCAGCCUUCCAUGCUUGUCCUGAGCCUGCAGGGAGCCUCCGCCGAGCAUUCUUGUGCCAGUAACCGCAGAACCAUCACGUUAGAAAAACGUCUUAUUCCAAGCACAGAACUUCUGUCCUAAAUACCUUGGGUAAGACGUAGGUGCACUUUGCUAGGCAGAGGCUAAGACUGAGGAGUAGCCAGUGAAGGUAUUGCUUGCACUUAUAGGGCUGGAUACAGCAGAGGAUUUCCACAGGUGGAAACGGGGUUGAUUUUUGCAGACUCCACCCCCUUGCCCUACUGCAGCAGUUCUUGAGCUCUCCCCUCAUUGCUAUUCUUGAGGGUCCCUUGACAUUAAUGUUGCGGGAGACUUUUGAGGCUGCAAAAGAAAAGGGGGAGGUGAGAAACUUGCGCUCUGCUGAUGGAAAUCCCUUCUGCCCACAGAAAUUUCCAGUGGAUCCCAGCUGUAACUUCUAGCCAUUUCUUGUAAUGUGCAGAGCCAAGGCUUUUUAGUUAGGUGUGGGCUUGUAAUAGAAGUCUGUAGUGUCUCUAAAACACUUCUUUAGAUGGAGACUUUAUUUUCAAGGUGAUCCUGGCUUGUAUGAGAUCUUCCUGGUGUUACCUUUGUUAGCCAGGCAGACACCUACAUCAAGAAUUUCGUUCUGCUCUAGUUUGGCUCUGCCCAGAUGUCUGCAUUGUAGAUACUUUCCAGACAGUGGAGGCACCCUUGCCAUGCAGCAAAUGGAAUGCCUCUAAUCAUCUUGGCUGAGUUCGUUGCUUUCAGAAGAAUUAAUGCUUCUCAGAUGAUCAGAUGUGGAGCCAUGGGAGAAAUUUAUGUACAGAGCACACAAGAAGAUGUGGUGGGUGCAAAUACAAUUUGUCUUAUGCCAGUACGAAACAGAGAGGAGCAAGAAUGGGUGAAUUUGAGUAUGUUGGCUUGAAUAUGAGGUUGGGCAGAGGAGUUCAGGGGCUGCUGCUGGGGACAGUUCCCGGCCUCGUGGGCAGCUGCCAGGGAGCAAGGAAGACAGCAAGCUUCUUGGGAGCAGAAUACUGUUAUUUAAAAUAUUUACUCAGCUGCCAAGACAGGACUGAGAUUCUCAAUAAGAGGGCCAUCGGGCAGUAAAUUUGAUGAAAGCGCUGCCAUGUUGCCCUGAUCUGGUACUGGCUUGAGCCAUGGUAAUAAAAUCUUUACCGGUAGUGCUGGCAGCAGAGGAAGGAUCUUUUAUUUUGAAGCUCUGGUCAAUCACCCUUUGGCAUAUAAUUUCAAAAACUACGUGUUUUAAAGCUUGUCUUUGCCCUUUGAAAGUCCUAGAAACUUUUGAAAUUAAGUUUGAGAUUCAGAGGCUGCUGAAUUGUGCACUGUAUCCCAAAUUCCACAUUUGCUCGGUGGAGCCAUAAAUAUAUGCAGCACGCAUAGUCCUGCUUUGGUAGGCUUCUUUGAUGAAAGAUGACCAUCCUUUUGCAAAAGCCAGGAACUACUGAGCCUCACUUUUGAAAUCUUUCUGCCUCAUACUCUGUGAUGCACUCCGACAUGUUGGUUUGGCUCUUCCCUACACCUUCGGGUGUCUCACGAUGGUUCUGCAACCAGAAUCUUUGGCCAACUUGUCUGACCUUGUUCUCUUGCUUAUCGUGAUCACACACUGUAGAGCAGUUCCUCAUCUAGCUGAGGGGACCAGAUUCUUGAGCACAUUUUUCAGGCAGAAGUUUAAAAAAACUGUUAUCAAAACUUGAAGCUUUUCAUAGAGUAUGCAAGAACAGUGGUUCUGUCUGAAGACCAAACGUAUAGCUUUGCACUUUUAACUUGUUGAGCCGUGAAUCUGAGAGCCAACUGUGCUCACGGCAAGUCUCCAUACAUCUGCCCUAAUAGCAUUGUGUUAGCACUGCCCGUCUUUACUGUAUUUGAUUGUUUCAGAGUGUUUACAUGUUUUCUUUGAAAUGUAAUUAAAUGUCUUCUGUCUAGAUUAUUUAAAGGAAUCUAUGCUCUGUGCACUGCUGCUGAGCAGCUCCACUUGAGAAAGGUGACUGAUAAAGAAAAAUAAAAAAAAUGCACACUAUUUCUGA